UCAGGGUCUGACAUCGUUAGGUUGCCAGAUACAAUAUGUAUGUUGUAUAACCUGCAAACACUGAGGCUCAUAGACUGCCGGCAGUUGCAACAGUUACCAGAUUGACAAAGCUCAUCCAUCUUUACCUUUCUGGUUGUGUGAGUCUCAAAAAUAUGUCUCCAAACUUCCGUCUGCUGAACAACCUUCACAUAUUAACAACAUUUGUUGUGGGUACCGGAGAUGGCCUUGGAAUAGAGCAGCUCAAAGACUUGCAAAACCUUAGCAAUAAGUUGGAACUGUUGAACUUGGACAAGAUAAAGGGUGGGGAGAAUGCAAAAGAAGCCAAUCUCAGUCAGAAGCAAAAUCUAAGUGAGUUGUUGUUCACUUGGGACCAGAAAAUAGAUGAUGAUCCUAGAGAUGUGGAAGAAGUGCUUCAGUGCUUAGAACCUCAUAGCAAUAUCCAAAAACUGGAGAUACGUGGAUAUCAUGGCCUAGAAAUAUCACAAUGGAUGAGAAAGCCUCAGAUGUUUGACUGCUUGAGAGAACUCAAAAUGUUUGGCUGCCCAAAAUGCAAGAGUAUCCCUGUAAUAUGGUUCUCGGUCUCUCUAGAGAUUUUGGUCUUAGAGAGGAUGGAUAACCUGAUCACAUUAUGUAAUAACCUUGAUGCGGAAGCCGGAGGAUGCAUCACCCCUCUGCGGAUUUUCCCAGGGUUGAAGAAGAUGAGGUUAAUUCAGUUACCAAGCCUGGAGAUGUGGGCAGAAAAUAGUAUGGGAGAGCCUAGUUGUGAUAACCUGGUAACAUUUCCGAUGCUUGAAGAGCUAAAGAUCAAAAAUUGCCCCAAGCUUGCAAGUACUGCAGCGAUCCCCGUUGUCAGCAAGUUGAGCAUAGUUGGAGCUCACAGUACUGCAGUCGGUUCAGUUUUUACAAGCAUCCGUUUGGGUUCCUGGCCAUUUCUCGUUAGCUUAACUCUUGGGUCUCUAGAAGACAUACCCAUGUUGCCUCUGGACGCCCAGCAAAGCCAAAGUGAAAGACCUCUUGAAAAGCUUGAGAGUUUGACUCUGAAAGGGCCCAACAGCUUGAUCGGAAGCUCCGGAUUGUCCUGCCAAUAUCAAUGCGUUUGAGAGUCACGAGCCAUUGCAAAGAAUUUAUUUUUGCCUUCCUCCACGGAGAUUCUUAUGAACUGCUUCCGAUUCCAAUCUUUGUGUACGUCACUGUUUUUGUGUGUGUGUGUGUAGACAACCAGUCUGUGUUAUAACAGUAAAUAUUCUUUUCAGGUAGAUAAUAAAUAAACUUCUUCCACACAA